AUGGAGAGUUCUGGUUGUUGGCUAGCUCUUGUGGCUCGACUACUUGAGGGCACUGGAGUCAACGCCAAUAAUGGUAUCAUCAGUGGAGUUCUUGUAACUGUUGGAGAUCUUGCUAGAGUGGGUGGUUUUGCAAUGAGAGAAUAUAUUCCGGAACUUAUGCCUUUAAUAGUUGAGGCACUAUUGGAUGGGGCAGCUGUCUCAAAACGUGAAGUAGCUGUUGCUACUCUUGGUCACGUUGUACAGAGCACUGGGUAUGUUAUUGCUCCAUAUAAUGAAUACCCGCAAUUACUUGGCUUGCUUUUGAAGUUGUUGAAUGGUGAGUUAGUGUGGUCUACCAGACGAGAAGUACUAAAGGUUCUUGGUAUCAUGGGUGCUUUGGAUCCUCAUGCGCAUAAAAAAAAUCAACAAAGCCUUUCUGGGUCACAUGGAGAUGUUACCCGUGCUGCCAGUGAUUCAGGUCAACAUAUUCCAUCUUCAAUGGAUGAACUAUCCAUGGACCUUUGGCCAUCAUUUGCUACAUCUGAAGAUUAUUACUCCACCGUUGCUAUAAACUCUCUCAUGCGCAUUCUUAGGGAUCCUUCUCUUGCUAGUUAUCACCAAAAGGUGGUUGGAUCUCUUAUGUUUAUAUUCAAGGUUAGUCAAUGGGUCUGGGUUGUGUUCCAUACUUGCGAAGGUUUUACGGAUCUCUUUCAGAUUGUUCGUACAUGUGAUGAUCAUCUGAAGGAUUUUAUAACAUGGAAGCUGGGUACCCUUGUGUCAAUUGUGCGACAGCAUAUUCGUAAAUAUUUACCAGAGCUGCUAUCUUUAAUUUCUGAAUUAUGGUCAUCAUUCAGCUUGCCAGCUAGUAAUCGUCCUUCACGUGGUUUUCCGGUGCUGCAUCUUGUUGAACAGCUUUGCUUAGCUCUCAAUGAUGAAUUCCGGAAGUAUCUUCCUGCUAUUCUUCCAUGUUGCAUUCAAGUUUUGAGUGAUGCUGAACGUUGCAAUGAUUACACCUAUGUUCUUGACAUUCUCCAUACCCUAGAAGGGUUUGGCGGUUAG